AUGAGCUCCGUUGAGAAAAUUCAGCUGCACGCCCCAGCUUUAGAAGAACUUUGUGCUGUGUUGCAAACAGGGCUGCAAACUAACUUUGCUGAAGUCCAAGUCAGUGUGGUUGAAUGUCCAGAUUUGACCCAGGAGCCCUUUCGAUUCCCUGCCAAGGGCUUAUGUGGGAGUCCGCGCAUCACUGAUGUUGGUGGUGUGCCUUACCUGGUUCCUUUAGUUAAAAAAGAAAAGGAAUAUGACAUGAACGUUAUUUCAAAAGAGGUGGAGUUACCUGGAGGAUUUUUUCUUGGUGCAGGAGCUGUUGCUUCCCGAGUAGUUGGAAUGAAUGCUGAGUUGAUGCCUAUUGUUCUAACCGCAGCAGAUGGGAGACCUGCAGUUAAUGGCAGCUACUUCUCCUGUAUCAAUCCAGUCGAUGACCAGUGCCUUCAAGAAAAGUACAGCGACAAAUUCUCUGGCUGCCACUUUGGUCUCAUGGCAAACCUAUAUGCUUGUGAGGGGAAACCUGGAAAGGUGAUAGAGGUCAGAGCAAAGAAGAGAACAGGAGACCAAAGCAUUGUGAAUGCACUAAGAAGGUCUCUUGAAAAUCACUAUCCUGACAAAAGCCUGGCCCUUGGAGGAACGUUUAUGAUACUUAAAGGAAAAGCUAAAAUCCACAUAAUGCCAAGAGAGUUCUCUGCCUGCCCACUCAACAGUAAUGAUGAGGUCAACAACUGGCUUAAGCACUUUGAAGUAAGCGCCCCUCUCAUCUGCCAGUCAGUGCUUGUGUCCAAAGACCCAGGUUUAGACUUGAGAGUAGAGCAUACUCACAUCUUCAGCCAUCACGGAGAAGGGGGGCACUACUACAUCGACACAACUCCAGACAUAGUGGAGUAUGUGGGUUACUUCAUGCCUGCAGAAUAUGUGUACCGCAUUGAUAGGCCCAAGGAGACACAUGGGGUCGGCCGAGAUUGA